AUGCAGCUUGUUACUGCCGCCGCUAUCUUGUCAGCCCUGCUGGUUCAGUCCAGUACCGCGGCUGACGAUACCGCCUUUAUUACGGCCUCACCCCACGCCGGCUCGGCCACCUCGGACCUCUUUCCACCACCAAGCACCUCGGUUGACUCUGCACUCUUCCCACCAGAGGCUGAAGUCGGUUUCCCAGGACCGACGCCAACAGGCGCCGAACCCGCCGCAAUUCAAACUGCGGCGGCGUAUCCGUAUAAUCGGGGACCGACGAACCAGUUCCCAUUAGUCGCACCGCAACCUCACGGCCAAAGCGAGACAUCAGACAAGUUCGAUAUCACUAAGUAUUGGGGCAACUUGUCACCUUGGUAUUCCCUAUCUUCUGCCGAUUUCGGCUUACCAGAUACAAGCCCCCUCGCACCACCGGGCUGCAGUGUCACACAGGUGCAUCUCUUGUAUCGUCAUGGUGCUAGAUAUCCCACUACCGGCGCCGCACCGGCCCAGUUCGCGAGCAAGAUCGCGGAUGCUACUAAGACAGGACUGCAGGUUAAGGGUGACCUAACAUUCUUAUCCGACUGGACCUAUAAACUGGGCGGUGAACUACUUUCCCCGUUCGGUAGGAGCCAGGAGUUUCUCCUCGGUAUUCAACACCGUCAACUCUAUGGCCACCUGCUUAAUAACUUUACCGAAGCUGGUACUAUUCCCGUCUUCCGGACCGAGUCUCAGGACCGUAUGGUUAAGACUACCGAGAACUUCGCGGCCGGAUUUUUCGGCGUACCUGAGUACUUAGAUCAAGUGAACAUCGAGAUUCUUGUAGAGGCACCUGGCGUGAAUAACUCGGGUGCUCCCUAUUAUGUCUGCAACAAUUCUAAUGUCCCCAGUCGAGGGUAUAUUGGGAGCUCGAUGGCCUCGAACUUUGCGAAAAAUGCUUUCAACGCUACUCUUGCUCGUCUAAACUCACAGGUCUCUGGUAUCGAGUUCAAUUCCACCGACAUCAUUGCGAUGCUUCAACUUUGCUCCUACGAAACGAAUGCCCUUGGGUACUCUGCGUUUUGUGGACUAUUUAGCCAGGAGGAUUUCUUGAACUUUGAAUACUACUUUGAUCUUUCGUUCUACUACGAAAACGGUCCCGGAUCACCUGUUGCGGCUGCCCAAGGUAAAGGUUACCUACAGGAAUUUGUCGCGCGCUUCACAGGUGAAUACCCAGAGGCUUGGUCAGCUCUGAACCAGACGUUCGACAACUCAUCUACAUACUUCCCCCUCAAUCAGUCCAUCUACGCCGAUGCCACCCACGAAGUUGUCGUCCUCGACACCCUCACCGCCUUCAACCUGUCGGCAUUGUUCAAAGGACCUCCCCUAAAUCCCAAUGAGAACCAAAGAGAGAACAGCUUCUCGUCCAGCAAGCUCGUUCCAUUCGCCACCCACUUCACCACCCAGGUUCUCGAAUGCUCGACCUACCAACCUACGAAGCAGAUCAGGUUUAUUGUAAACGACGGCGUCAUCCCAAUCGCGGAGUCCUACUCGGGCUGCCCCGCCGACCCGCACGGGCUCUGCGCAUUCGACAAUGUGGUGUCGGUGCUCAAGGACCGCAUCGACGAGAUCGACUUCGACUACGACUGCUUCGGCGACUACACCGCCGAGCCGGGUGUCGACUACAACGGUAGGGCGCCCAAGAACAGCUAG